CUCAAGUCUUCCGCGGGGGGCAGGCGGCGAACUUGCUCUCGCUCCCCCCCCUGGGGUGGCAAAGCGGUUCCAGCUCUGCCUGAAGCACCGUGGCCGUGCUGGGAAUGUCUGAUUCGGCGGACCCCGCACAAGACUCAUUCCGCCUGACAACAAUUGACUUGGAUCGACAUCAGAGGGCGACCAGUACCAGAUUACGGACCUGGUUCGAGUCGCCGGUCUCGGUCAUACCCUUGCACGCAGAGCAAGUCUCAAGCUCAGACGAAUCAGGGGACGAUUCCUCGAUUUAUUCGCACGUGGGGACGGGCGUAGGCAUACUUAACGGUUUCGACGUUUUCGGCGUAUUCAAGGUCAACGUAUUGGCGGAGUUGAACCUUUCUUCUCGCUUCAGCGUUUCUGGCCGAUUAUUAGUUUCAGCGUUGAGCAGCAUGAGUUCAGCAUCCUUCCUGAUCCAUGGACUGCUAGUUCCGCAGCGCGGGAACCUGAUGAGAGGUUUUUUGUUCCGCGGAACGUUUUUUCAUGAAAUCAAGCCUGAAUUGUUGGAGAUAUUUCAGAAUUGGGCUGCGGCGUUCCUUUACUUAGCGCUUGGCGUGAUUCUCCCCAACCUGGCGAGACGUAGCAACGUUCACUUGGAGCGGACGCUCAGCGUUGCGUACCGCUACAAUCUGACUAUGAGGUUCGGCAGUGCACACAUGUUUUUCUCGUAUGUUUUGUGGCCCGUUACUUUUCUAUCGGGUAUGUUUGCGCCAGUGCUAGUUUGGUUCCACCGGCUGUAUGGGGGCGAUUUUGCGGAGCAAAUGCACAUUGACAUUUGGGGGUUGCUCAGCGUCUUCACUUGGUCCAUCGGCAUGCUCUUCAUUGGACCUUCCAUGGUGGAAGAAGUCGGCACUGUAGCCGUGCGUGAAAUUGUCGCUGGGGUCGUUAAGGAGGUGGAAGACAUGCGUACCCGGCCAAUCUCUUGGCAAAGGCUGCUGGACUUAGUGAAGUGGGAUUCGGCUUUAUUGGAAUCGUCCACCGAGACGAAGCUUCGAGAAACUGCUCACAGGUUUUUGGUAUCCUGUCAGCAAUUUGCGGCUGUGCUAUUCUAUUCCGUUUGGGACGCAUCUCCGAGAAGUGUAGUAACAACAGGCCUGGAUCUAGUAAUCUUACGGCAAAUUUGGUUCUCAGAAUGGUGGAACAUGAAUUGAAGCAUGAUUCGGAAGAGAGCGCUUUCCAUCAAUUGUCGUUUUAUCUCAGAAAGCGGACGAUUGGCAUAGAGCUGGUGGGCACGCGAAUAACAUCUGAGUUUGUAGCAAACGUCGCAUUGCGAACAUGCUUCUACCUGCCAGCCGCAGUAGCUGUCAUUCAAGGCAUAUGGUACGCUGGUGAUACCACCAUGACGGGCGACAGCAGGGACACCAGCGAACUUCGGUGCUUGAUCUGACGCGCUCGCUGUCUGCUCGAGCUUCCUGGUCAACUGGCGCAGGAAAAGCAUCUGGCUGCGUGUGGCGGGUGCCGCCACUGUGCCGGUGCAGCCCUUCCGCGUGGCGGC